AUAGGCCUCUCCGCGCUGGUGCUGGGGACCGCGGCUGGCCGAAGGGUGGUGAGAGUGGUUGGAGCGGACAAGUCUGGGCAGCGCUCGGGGACUGGCACCGGUUCGCGCACUCAUUCAAGCGGCUCUCGUCUCAGCAGUUCUCGCUGACCGCGCUUAGCUGCGUCUUCGGCGCUCCCGUACCCUGAGCUCAUCUGCCAACGUGGAGGAGUCGGUCCGCACCAUGCCUAGCCUUUGGGAUCGCUUCUCGUCGUCCUCCCCCUCUUCGUCUGCGUCCUUGUCCCGAACGCCCACCCCCGAUCAGCCGCCGCGCUCGGCCUGGGGGUCGGCGGCCCGAGAGGAGGGGCUCGGCCGCUGCGCGAGCCUGGAGAGCUCGGACUGCGAGUCCCUGGACAGCAGCAACAGCGGCUUCGGGCCGGAGGAAGACUCCGCAUACUUGGACGGGGUGUCGCUGCCCGGACUUGGGCUGCUCAGCGACCCCGAGGACGACCAGGUGGGCAAGGAACUGCUGCGUCUGGCCUACAGCGAGCCCUGCGGCCUGCGGGGGGCGCUGCUGGACGUCUGCGUCGAACAGGGCAAGAGCUGCCACAGCAUCGGCCAGCUGGCCCUCGACCCCAGCCUGGUGCCCACCUUCCAGCUGACCCUGGUGCUGCGCCUGGACUCACGCCUCUGGCCCAAGAUCCAGGGGCUGUUCAGCUCCGCCAAUAGCCCCUUCGUCCCUGGCUUCAGCCAGUCCCUGACGCUGAGCACCGGCUUCCGAGUUAUCAAGAAGAAGCUGUACAGCUCCGAGCAGCUGCUCAUCGAGGAAUGUUGAACUUGGGGCCGGGGGCCGACGCCGACCCCACAGCAGACAACUGAACUUUUGGGGUGGACAUUGGCAGGCAGGAGCUGAGGAGCUGCUUGCUGCCUGUUAGUUAGAGAACUGACAACAGCCACUUGAGGGGUGGAAGGAGAGGUGGGGGAGAAAGUGUUUUUGGGAAGCUCACGGAGGUGUGUAGAGGUGGCUUCUCGUUGUGGGCACAGGCUUGCCCUCAGUACUGUAGCAUGAAACAAAGGUUUAGGGGCCACCAGGCUUCUGGCUGGAUGUGUAUGUAGCAUGUACCUUAUUUUUAUUGUUACUGACAGUUAAGACGACAGUGGUGUGACAGCCAGGAGAGCAGCUGGGCUGCACUGGCCUCUGCAAUUGCAAUCCGUGUGUGCUCAAGGUAGCUGGCCCGGGGGGAGGGGGAGGUCAUGGAGGUGUUUUGUGUAUCUCAUGGUCUGAAGGGGCCAAAUGUGCGUGUUCUUUGUUUUUGCAUCUUUUGUUUUUUUGACCAGAGCUUCACUACUGACCUGUUCUAGGCAGCUAUCUUACAGACGCAUGAAUGUAAGAGUAGAGAAGGGUGGGUGUUGGGAUCACUUGGGGGAUCUUUGACACUUGAGAAAAAAAUACACCUGGGAGCUGCGCUUGUCCCAUCCCCCGAAGUGUACUGAAGAGUUUAUCUGUGAGUGGUGGGGCUGACUGGGGUGGGGGCUGGCACCCCUGCCCCAGAGGAGUGCCAUCUGGGUCUUCCAUCUAGAACUGUUUACAUGAAGAUACUCCCUGUUCAUGAAUACACUUGAUGUUCAAGUAUUAAGACCUAUGCAAUAUUUUGUACUUUUCUAAUAAAAAAAGUGUUUGUUAAAA